GUUCUUUGGUAUUCCCGAAAAUAUUCUGCCCGAAAUAAGGAGCUCGGCUGAAAUCUAUGGCCACAUUACGUCAGGUGCACUUCUAGGUCUUCCAAUUUCGGGAUGUUUAGGUGACCAGCAAGCAGCUCUAGUGGGACAGAUGUGCUUUGAACAGGGUCAGGCCAAAAAUACAUACGGCACCGGAUGUUUCCUAUUAUACAAUACCGGUACACUGAUUGUGCAGUCAACUCACGGCCUGUUGACAACUGUUGGUUAUCAGCUGGGCAAAAAGGCACCUGUUAUCUACGCACUGGAAGGCUCAAUAGCUAUUGCCGGCGUUGCUAUGAGGUGGCUGCGUGACAACCUGCACCUGCUGAAGCGUGUGGAGGACUCAGCUGGGAUGGCGGGUCGCGCCCGCAGCACUGGUCACGUGGUAUUUGUGCCCGCCUUUUCCGGCCUCUAUGCGCCCUACUGGCGCCAGGAUGCUAGGGGUGUGAUCUGCGGCAUAACAGAGGAGACGUCGAAGGAGAACAUAGUGAAGGCGGCACUGGAGGCGGUGUGCUUUCAGACACGUGACAUCCUGGAGGCGAUGAACGCCGACUGUGGCAUACCCCUCACGAGGCUGCUCGUCGACGGCGGCAUGACAAUCAACAACUAUGUCAUGCAGACACAGGCCGACCUGUGCGGUAUACCUGUCGUGCGCCCGGUGAUGACUGAAACGACGGCGCUGGGCGCUGCUAUGGCGGCCGGGUGCGCGGACGGCAUCAAGGUGUGGGACAUCCAUAACAUCCACGCCGUGCCCAACGACACCUUCCAUCCAUCCAUCACCGAAGAUGCUAAAGACGUUCGAUAUGCCGCGUGGAAAAUGGCCAUAGAACGAAGUCUUGGCUGGGAUCUUAAGACUGUACCCAACGAUUCCAUACUUUCAGAUAUCAGCAACCAAAUAAUUUCAGCGAUUCCAGCCGGCUUUUUCAUUUUGACGAGUGUGGCGCUGCUGCACAUCGCCAAAAAAAUGAAAUGCAGAUGAAAGUGCCUCACAAAAGCCAAGAAUGAGAUGAAAAAGGCAGAACGAAGGCAGUAGGAAGAGAAAAGGAAAGAACAAAGUGCCACUUUGAUAAUAACCAGUGUGAGCUUGAACUAGUCCGUUUAUUUAUUGAGUAUUUAUUUGAUAUAUUUUAGGCGAAGCGUGUAUUUUGAUAGCUGUCAUAGAUUAGUGGAAAUAGGUUGUGCAAAACAACGCUUAUUAUAAAUUAUUGCUAAGGCUUAUUUUGUUUGUUUUAUGAGGCAGAAUUAUUGAUGAUCCAAUUCAAAAGGUAAUAGUUGGAAAAUUUAAAUUCUAGGAUUCGAUUCAUAAGGUUAACUGCCCAUUAGUUUGCAAAUACACAUUUCAAGAUUUGUUCCAAAAGGUAAUAGAUAAGGUUCUGUUAGUUUGAAAACUGCAAUUUUAGGAUCCGAUUCAAAAGGUCAACUGCCCAUUAGUUUGCAAAUAUACAUCUCAAGAUUCGUUUAUUAUAAAUUAUUGCUAAGGCUUAUUUUGUUGGGUUUAUGAGGCAGAAUAAUUAUGGUUAAUCCAUUUCAAAAGGUAAUAGUUUGAACAUUUAAAUUUUAGGAUUCGAUUCAAAAGGUUAACUGCCCAUUAGUUUGCAAAUAUACAUUUCAAGACUCGUUUCAAAAGAUAAUAGAUAAGGUUCUGUUAGUUUGAAAACUGAAAAGUUAGGAUUCUAUUCAAAAGAUUAAAUGACCAUUAGUUUGCAUAUAUACAUCUCAAGAUUCGUUUCAAAAGGUAAUUGAUAAUUGUUUGUUAAGCCAGGUUUACACGUGGGUGGGCCAUGUGAGUCAUGUUUCUUUUACCGUCCUUAUAGUUUAUAUUAGAUUGAACGUAACUUGGCAAAUACAUGAUGUGUUCAUCAUAAGUUUGUAAAGGUCUGUUUAAACAGGUAGAAUUUAUAAGGACGGAAAAAGAAGCAUUUUGUAGUUAACUCUGGUGUAAACGUGGCUCAAAUUGAAAAAAUUAACGUUAGGUUAAUAAAAGAAAUUGGAUUGAUUAAUGCCCGUAUGCAGAUAGGCUCAACUCACACUUAAGCGAUUCAGGUCGAGAAGAGACUCGACUCUAGUCGAGAGCAUGUGUUUCCAAGUGUCACUCAGACCAAUCGAUUCUAGUUUCGAGUUGAGCCAUACUCAGUUAAACGGAGAUAUGUCAGCUGUUCGUUUAAACCCCGAAUUUAAACGUGGUUUAGCGUUAAACGUUGGUGCAUAUGGCCGUUAUACAGUCGAAAAUUUAAAUGUAAGGUUCAGUUGAUUUCAAACUAUAAAUUCCAAAAGUUGAAAGAAUGUUCGUAUAAGUUGAUUUUAAAGCAGAAAAUUUUAAAUUUCAAGAUUUGAAAGAUUUAUGCCUGGUUGCAGUGUCGUCACAUAAAGUUAAAAACAGGCAAUUAACUCAUUUACGAAGCCAUAAAUUCACUUUCUGUUGCACAGAUGACAAAGUAAACUAUAGCUCCCAUAAAACUAAAAACGCCCAAUUAGACACAUGAUUUCGUUGCACAGUCGUCAGAAAGAGCUUAUUUUUGUCUCCAGUAGCUAAAAACGGUCAGUUAAGUUAUGGGCCCGAAGUCGUGCUGUUAAAUCCAAUAUCUACUCUCGCCAAAUGCAUUUUAGAGGUUGUGAUAGCUUUUUUUUUAAAGAUGUUUACGAAAAUCCAUCUGUAUAUAAGUAAAUUAUUUUUUCUCUCCCUAUGUUUUUUCAAGUUGUUUAUAGCCUCCAAAUCGCUAAAUAUGGUGAGAAAACUCGCCAAAAGCCAAGAGUCACCACAUUGUUCAUCAAUUUUAUGUGAGGUCUUUUAGGUCUGUUCACAGUGAUGUCGAUUGAAACUUUCCCGAUUCCAAGACAUUAGUUGGAUAGAAGUGUAUACGGAAAAACGUUAAUAGAUCUACAGUGUGACUUAUGUGUGAUGCUAAUUUGAGAUAUAGCUAAAUGGGCUUCGGCAAACGACUGUGCAAUGACCAACCAUUUAUGUCAGUGAUUUUAAACUAUGUCUCACUUAGCUAUAUUUGAUUUUAUGUAACAACUCUGCAACCGGGCAUUAGUUUUGUUUUUAGCAGAGUUUGUACAAAGAUUGAUCAGCAAAGUGAAAUUAAGUUUAAACGAUUAGCACUCGUUGAAUUGAAAUAAUAAUUGAUGUUAUUUAUAAGGAAUGUUAGAAGUUU